UCUUGUGGAUGAAAAAGCCCCCGGGAUGUGGAGGUUGCAGCGAGUUGAGAUCGCACCACUGUACUCCAGCCUGGUGAUAGAGCGAGAGCUUUUCUCAAAUAAAAAAGAAAAACUCAAAAAUAAAAAAGAUGAAAAAGCCAAGAGAACAGCUUCAGGCUUGGCUGUAUCCAGGUGCUAGGACAACAUUGCCAUUUGGGAGGGUACUACAUGGUUGCUAGUCAAUGUGCCCUGCUUACCCCCCAACCAAUGGAAAGGUGUGUGAUGGCUUCAACCACUCCCCAGACCCCAAUCCAGGUCAAGGCAGAGUUCUCUCAGCAUCUGGAUAUGAUUGGACUCCCCCGGGGGGAUACAUGACCUUCAAUUAAGAGCUAGUCAUGUACCAGGGUUGUGUGAUGUUCUGAUCAGCCAGGCCUGGAUCAUACAUCCCUAAGGGGGAGGUUUAAGAGCUCCAUCAGCAGUACUGAGGCCAUGAUAGGAGGGUUGCUUGAGGCCAGGAGUUCAAGACCACGCUGGACAGCAUAGCAACAUUUCCUGUCUCUACAGGAAAUGCAAAAAUUAAGCCAGGCUCGGUGGCUCACGCCUGUGAUUCCCAGCUACUUGAGAGGCUGAAGUGGGAGGAUCACUUGAACCUAGGAGGUCGAGGCUGCAGUGAGCUGUCAUCGCGCCACUGCACUCCAGCCUGGGUGACAGAGCAAGACCCUAUCUCAAAAAUAAACACAAACAGCUUUAUUGAGUGACUGCUUUUCCUCCCUGUGAGCCUUUUUUGGAACCUAUCGUGUGUCAGGCCCUUGUGCCCAAGCCCCUGUUCAAUCCCCGCAUCAACCUCGUUAGGAUUCUCACAUUUUGCAGAUGGGACACUAAGACUUUCAGAGGUCCAGCCCUCCAAAAUACUGAAGUCCUAGUUCCGCUGGAUUGAAAAUGGGCAACGCAGAAUGGGGACUGGAAAUUUUUUUAAAAUUGUUUUUAAAGACGGGGUCUUGGCCAGGCGCAGUGGCUCACGGCUGUAAUCUCAGCACUUUGGGAGGCCGAGGUGGGCGGAUCACAAGGUCAGGAGUUCAAGACCAGCCUGACCAACAUGGUGAAACCCCGUCUUUACUAAAAAUAAAAAAUUAGGCGUGAUGGUGCAUGCCUGUAAUCCCAGCUACUGGGGAGGCUGAGGCAGGAGAAGCUGUUGAACCCUGGAGGAGGAGGUUGCAGUGAGCUGAGAUCACACCACUGCACUCCAGCCUGGGCAACAAGAGCAAAACUCCGUCUCAAAAAUAAAAAAAUAAAGACAAGGUCUCCGCCUGUAAUCCUAGCACUUUGGGAGGCCGAGGCGGGCGGAUCACCUGAGGUCAGGAGCUCAAGACCAGCCUGGACAACAUGGUGAAACCCCAUCUCUACUAAAAAUACAAAAAUUAGCCGAGUGUGGUGGCACAUGCCUGUAAUCCCAGCUACUUGGGAGGCCGAGGCAGGAGAAUAGCUUGAACCUGGGAGGCAAAUGUUGCAGUGAGCCCAGAUUGCACCACUGCACUCCAGCCUGGGCGACAGGGUAAGAUCCGGCUCAAAAAAAAAAAAAAAAAUAGGGCCUCACUCUGUUGCCCAGGCUGGUCUCAAACUCCUGCACUCACUAAAAGAAAAGAAAAGCAACAACAAACUAGUAGGCUUAAGCGAUCCUCUCGCCUCAGCCUCCCAAAGCACUGUGAUUAAAGGCGUGAGCCGGGCCCUCGGCCUGGGGGUUGGAAAUUGAAGCCUCUAUUUUAUGUAUUUAUUUAUUUUCUGAGACAGAGUUUUGCUCUGUUGCCCAGGCUGGAGUGCAGUGGUGUGAUCAUGGCUCACUGCAUCCUCGAACUUCCGGGCUCAAGAGAUUCUACCAACUCAGCCUCCCAAGUAGCUGGGACCACAGGUGCAAGCCACCCACGCCCGGCUAGUUUUUUGUAUUUUUUUGUAGGGACCGGGUUUAUCCAAGUUGCCCAGGCUGGUCUCGAACCCCAGAGCUCAAGCAACCCUCCUGCCUGGGCCUCCCGAAGUGCUGGGAUUACAGGUGUGAGCCACCGUGCCCGGCCUAAGCCUCUCAUAAGGCCGUGCGCCCUCCCAGAGGCCACCCUUGAAGAAGAUUCCCUGAGACUUAAUGACCUGGGGCACCCCGGACUUUCUUAAUCGUAGCUCCACCCACUCGAGCCGGGUGCCUUCGCGUUUCCCGUUUUUAAAUGAGAUAGUGGCACACCCGGUGGCAUCCUCCCGCCCGGGCUCUUAUCGGCGGUCCCAGCCCCUGCUUGAGCGCCUCCGGGUGUCACAGGCCCCUGAGGACACUAAAGCUCUCGAACCCCGAUGUGGACCCCCGUGCGGCGCGGGGCAGCCUGGCUGGGAACCCUGCUCGGCCCUGGAGAGGGGCCCCCCGAGCCGAGGGGAGGAGCGGCGCAUGCCCACAAGCCCCCCGCGGGAAGUAGGAAAUCGACCGACCAGGCGGUGCGCUUCGGACCCAGCCAGGGCAUGUGCUCGGAGGCCCGCCUGGCUCGCAGGUUGCGGGAUGCGCUGCGGGAGGAGGAGCCGUGGGCAGUAGAGGAGCUGCUGCGCUGCGGCGCGGACCCUAAUUUGGUGCUAGAGGACGGCGCAGCGGCUGUGCACUUGGCGGCCGGAGCCCGGCACCCGCGCGGCCUGCGUUGCCUCGGGGCCCUACUGCGCCAAGGCGGGGACCCCAACGCUCGAUCUGUCGAGGCACUGACGCCGCUGCAUGUGGCCGCCGCCUGGGGCUGCCGCCGCGGCCUGGAGCUGCUGCUGAGCCAAGGAGCGGACCCGGCGCUGCGCGACCAGGACGGACUCCGGCCGCUGGACCUGGCCCUGCAGCAGGGACACCUGGAGUGCGCGCGAGUCCUGCAGGAUCUUGACACGCGGACCGGGACCCAGACCCGGGUCGGGGCAGAGACUCAGGAGCCCGAGCCUGCACCUGGCACCCCAGGCCUCUCUGGACCUCCCGAUGAGACGCUGGACUCCAUAGCACUCCAAAAGCAGCUAUGCAGAGGUGACAACAGGGACAUUGGCUUGGAGGCUGACCCAGGACCCCCCAGCCUCCCUGUUCCCCUUGAAAUUGUGGACAAACAUGGGAGCUCGGCGUCCCCUCCAGGGCACUGGGAUUACAGCUCAGACGCCUCUUUGGUCACAGCGGUUGAGGUCUCUGGAGCUGAGGACCCAGCCUCGGACACUCCCCCUUGGGCUGGGUCAUUGCCACCGACCAGGCAGGGACUUCUGCAUGUUGUCCAUGCCAACCAGAGGGUACCUAGGUCUCAGGGCACGGAGGCAGAACUGAAUGCCCGUCUGCAGGCCCUGACUCUGACCCCACCAAAUGCUGCUGGCUUCCAGUCCUCCCCUUCCUCCAUGCCUCUCCUGGACAGGAGUCCAGCUCAUAGCCCCCCACGGACACCACCCCCUGGAGCUUCUGACUGCCACUGCCUGUGGGAGCACCAGACAUCCAUUGAUAGUGACAUGGCCACGCUCUGGCUGACAGAGGAUGAGGCAAGCUCUACAGGUGGCAGGGACCCUGUCGGCCCUUGCCGGCACCUGCCAGUCUCCACUGUGUCUGACUUGGAGUUGCUGAAGGGACUCCGAGCGCUUGGUGAGAAUCCUCGCCCCGUCACACCCUUCACCGGGCAGUUCUACCUCCAGCAGCUGGAAGAAGCCCAGAUUGCUCCUGGCCCAGAGUUUUCAGGGCACAGCCUAGAACUGGCUGCAGCCCUGCGGACGGGCCGUAUUCCAGAUGUCCAGGCAGAUGAAGACGCGCUGGCCCAGCAGUUUGAGCGGCCAGAUCCUGCCAGGAGGUGGCGGGAGGGGGUCGUGAAGUCUAGCUUCACGUAUCUGCUGCUGGACCCCAGGGAGACUCAGGACCUGCCAGCCCGAGCCUUCUCACUGACCCCAGCUGAGCGCCUUCAGACUUUCAUCCGUGCCAUCUUCUACGUGGGCAAAGGGACGAGGGCCCGGCCAUAUGUCCACCUCUGGGAGGCCCUUGGUCACCAUGGGCGGUCAAGAAAACAGCCCCCCCAGGCCUGCCCCAAGGUGCGUCAGAUCUUGGACAUCUGGGCCAGUGGUUGCGGCGUUGUGUCCCUACAUUGCUUCCAGCACGUGGUCGCUGUGGAGGCUUAUACACGGGAGGCGUGUAUUGUGGAAGCCCUAGGGAUCCAGACGCUCACCAACCAGAAGCAAGGGCACUGCUAUGGAGUGGUGGCAGGCUGGCCACCUGCUCGUCGCCGGCGCUUGGGGGUGCACCUGCUGCACCGUGCCCUCCUUGUCUUCCUGGCUGAAGGCGAGCGACAGCUUCGUCCCCAGGACAUCCAGGCCCGGGGCUGAGUGCUGGGGAGUUGGCCAUCCAGCCUGGGGAGAAAUGUUUGAAUGUUCCAGCUGCCCCAUGCUGACAGCAGCCCCCAUCUCUGGUUUCAGAAGGGGUGUGUGUGUGUGUGUGUGUGUGUUUGUGUGUGUGUGUGUGUGUGUGUAGGGAGCACCCAGGCAGAUCUCCCCCAGGCUGAGAGAGGACUUUGUUACAGAUGGUACUGCUGGAGAGGUAGUAAGUAGUGAGCUCCCCAUCGUGGGAGGAGGACAAGAAGGGAAGCAGAAGGUGCUUUGGAACAGUCCGGUGCUUCUGUAAGAGGCGUUUGAACCUGGGCAACUCCACCUUGAAUAGGAGCUGGGUAAAAUGAGGCUGAAACCUACUGGGCUGCAUUCCCAGAUGGUUAAAGCAUUCUAAGUCACGGGAUCAGGUAGGAGGUCAGCACAAGAUAACGGGUCAUAAAGACCUUGCUGAUAAAACAGGUUGCAGUAAAGAAGCCAGCCAAAACCCACCAAUACCAAGAUGGCGACAAGAGUGACCUCUGGUCGUCCUCAUUGCUACACUCCCACCAGCGCCAUGACAGUUUACAAAUGCCAUGGCUGGCCAGGCGCAGUGGCUCACGCCUGUAAUCCUAGCAUUUUGGGAGGCCAAGGAGGGCAGAUCACCUAAGGUCAGGAGUUCAAGACCAGCGUGGCCAACGUGGCGAAACCCUAUCUCUACUAAAAAUACCAAAAUUAGCUGGGCAUGGUGGCGCGUGCCUGUAAUCCCAGCUACUAGGGGGGCUGAGGCAGGAGGAUCGCUUGAACCCGGGAGGUGGAGGUUGCAGUGAGCUGAGAUUGUACCACUGCACUCCAGCCUGGGCAACAGAGCGAGAGUCAGUCUCAAACAAACAAACAAAAAAACAAAUGCCACGUCAACAUCAGGACGUUAACCUUUAGACCCUAUAUGGUCUAAAAAGGGGAGGCAUGAAUAAUCCACCCCUUGUUUAGCAUAUCAUCAAGAAAUAACCAUAAAAAUGGGCAACCAGCAGCCCUGCCCUGUCUAUGGAGUAGCCAUUCUUUUAUUCCUUUAGUUUCUUAAUAAAUUUGCUUUCACUGUA